UGGCUGUAUAAGCUAGUCUGCAGCUACACUUGUUAGUUGGGACCCUUCAAGUGGAAUUACAUAAUUUAAGAAAAUUUUACUAUAAAAAAUGUAUUCAGUAUACCUAAGUUACCUUAACCUAUCAAUUUCAACAAUUUAAGGCAAUGUUUAAGGUUUUCCCCUACUUUUGUAUGGAGGCUUACCACUGUGUAGUGGGCGCCUUGCCUAAUACUACUGACAGGCGGAAAUGGAACUAUAGGUAAGGUUCCAGCGUGAUUUGUCACGAGAGAAUAAUACACCUGUAUGUAUUUAUGUCAGAUGUUUAGCAUACCAUUGAUGAUCGAAAUCAUUUUGCAAACGCUAUACCAGCCCAGGGUACCAAGAAUACACAUGUAGGAAUUGUUACGUGCUAUUGUAUUUCCACUGCGUGUCACUUUGAGCUCUCUGGGCUCUCCUGUUAUUGUGAAUACGAUGCUUGAUUAAUUAAUCAAUUGAAACGAAGAGUAAUGUCGUCCAGUUCUGUUAGCCGAACAAGUCAGUUGAUGCAAAGAAUGGCACAGCGAGCUGUAUAGCAUAUGAAUUUGAAAUAUUUAUAAUGGGGUGGUUCUGCUAGAAAUUAAUCAGCCAUUACAUGGCUGUUUUAUGCAUUUCAGUUCACGUGAUAGCUACCCGAUACGAUUUGUUGAAAAUUUAACUGUUCCAAUCGAUGGAAUCUGGUUUCUUAUCGAUGAAAAUUAAAAUUGACUGCUACCCUAACCGACUGGCUUCAGCGUGGAAGCGCCGCAAUGCAUCUUAAUUGAGCUGUUAGAAAUAAUUGCAUAAUGAGUUACGAUUAGUGAAUCGAGUUUAUCGCGGUUUCUUACACUAUACUGACCACUGGUGAAUUCUAUACGCAUACUGGACAGAGUGACCACAGAACGGGCUGCAGCGUGCGUGAGUUCGUGUUUUUAGCAGAGUGUUCGGUUUCAAAGUAAAUGAGCAUUUCCGUUAGCUACUUGAUUACGACGGACAAUGAGUUGGCGUUAUCGAGUGUUGGCGCUUUGUGGAUUAGCGGCAGUAUCGCUUGCAUGGAAUUCCGGUUCAUCGGAAUACGAAGAUGAUGGCUUUACGCAGCCGAACGUUGCUAACGUGAUAGAUAUCUUCACAUGCUGUUCGGAUGUGCACGGUUCAUGUAAAGCGGCGUGUGAGAGCCUUUCUCUCAUCAAACUCGCAACAGAUACAAAUGCCAAAGAAUGGAAGCUGCACGAUAUUCGUCGAUUUUGUCAACCAUUCGAAUCCCCAUUUUGGGACUGCAUGAACAUUACGCUCACGUCUAUUCAACGGGGUCUCACAUGGCCAGGACGAACCUGCUGUUCACUAGGGAUGUCUUUGAAGUGCCAGAACGCUUGCUCUACCUCAGCGAAACGAGAUAACCUCCAGACAGGAUGCCGACAUAGUGACGAACAGCGUUUGUUCGAUUGUGUCCAACGUCAAGAGGAUGGAGAUAGCUGUUGUGGGCACGCUAGAACAUCGGAAUGUCUACUAGCGUGUAAGGAUAUAUUCAGGACGAAUCAAACUCCCAACAAACAUCAGAGGGAACUAGUCCAACGAACAUGCAGCAAUAACAAUACGGAUGUUCUGCAGUGUAUCAAAACAUACACUGAAGUUACCGUCAAUGGAAAUUUGAAACAUUAUCUUCCAUGCUGUGACCACACUUCUGAUAACCAAUGCAAAAAAUCAUGCCGAGAAACUCUGUUGGAUGGAAGUUUUACAGAAGAGGAAACUGUUGAUGUUCUUCAGAAUGCAGGUUGUGGUGUUCCGUUGCCUCAUGAUCCGUUGUGGAAAUGUUUCUUUUCGUUUGGAGAAAAGAAAGUAACUCCAGUCAACUCGAACGAAAUUUCCAGAAUCAAUCAGGUUGGGAUGGAUUCGGCCAAACUGCACUGUUGCCUAAAAGCAAACUCAUCCCGAUGUCGAAAGUUUUGCGUUGCAACGUAUUCCAACGAAUGGACUACAAAUUUGGCAGAGUUUGAGCAUGACUGCUUGCUUUCAACCGAGGAGUAUAGUAUGAAGCAGUGUGUCGAUGAAGUUGACGAACCGUGUGAGUUGGGAUGUGAUGGACUUUCGUACUGCAGUAAUUUCAAUAAUCGACCAACGGAGCUGUUUCGUAGCUGCAGAGCUCAAUCGGAUAACGCAGCCCUCAGUGAUGUGGAACAGUGGAAGGAACAGCAGUACGUCAGGCUUCCUGGUAUCAAUUUACCGAUUCGAAAUAUCAGCGAGUGUACGUUUGAAACAUGGAAAUCCGUUGCAUGUCUGCUACAGAUUAAGCCUUGUACAAGGAGCUACCACACAAAUCGCAUUUGCCGAGAAGAUUGCUAUGAAGUGUUAGGACGGUGCGUGGAUUGGAAUCGGAUGACGAUGAAGCACUCAGUAGCAUCCUUGUGCCAGAUGUUCUCUCCGGAUGCCAAUGACGAAUCUGAGUGUGUAUCGUUAAAAAGAUACCGCGAACCAAGUGAUUUUGCCGAGAAGAAUUCAGAUGUUGCUUUGCUUUCACCAUGUAAAGGAAAUCCAUGUAAUUCAAGUCAGGUGUGUAUCGUAAAUCGAGAUGGAACCUACGGAUACAAAUGUGUCAAUGGUUGUCCUCUUGGGGAAGCGUCAUUUUAUCUCGUACCCGAAGGAACGUUCGUUCGAAUACCAGUGUCGACGAUGACAAAAGGCUGCCUAAAGGUUUGUCGAUGUGGAACUGGAGGACGGAUAGAAAAGUGCCAACCACUUCCGUGCAUCAGUUACGAUUCAUGCGCGCUGGCGGGAAAACGGUUUGAUCAUCUGUCAUUUUUCUACGUGGAAUGUAACAUAUGUAGCUGUUUUGCUGGCGAGAUUACCUGUACUAAGAAGCAAUGUCGUAUGCCAGGAAUUACGUUAAACAAAUCGUUCACGAGUUUACCAUGCAACUGCCCUCCGCAUUAUGUUCCAGUUUGUGCUCGAAACGGAAAUACAUAUCCUUCGGCGUGUAUAGCCAAAUGUGCUGGCAUUCAGGAUGGUGAUAUUCAGUUUGGACCGUGCCGUGCGAGAGAUCCUUGUGUUGAAGUAGAGUGUGGCCCAUUGUCUGUUUGUAUACCAGAUAGAAACAUUUGCUUGUCGACUAUGCACAAGCCGUGUCCUCAGCAUAGAUGUGUUAGCCUGGCAUCUACCAACUGCUCAGUGAUCACUUCGAUUCGAGACACAAAUCUGAACUUCUAUCCCACCGUAUGUGAUCUCGUCAAGUCUGGCGGGCUUUUCGCAUACCAGGAAAAGUAUUUCAAAUACUGCGAAACAUCACGAAAGAGAACUCAGGUCUGCGGAGUCAAUGGAAUCACCUAUCGAAGUGAGUGUGAAGCUUGGAGCGAUUUUUCUGCCGUAGAUUAUAACGGACCUUGUCAGGAACUAGGAGUCAUAAGUUCAACACUUGAAGCAAAGUGUUCAUCGAUCAAAUGUCCCAAACGAAAGUCACAUGAAUGCAACGUAGUCAUACCUCCUGGCGCCUGCUGUCCAGUGUGUGGAACUGCUCUACGCAUAAUAUAUUCUAGAAAACAGAUCGAUCGAGCAUUGUACGCAUUGAAAGGGAAGAAUACGGAAAAUCUCACUCUUAAAGCGAUCCUCACUUCUCUUGAGCGUUUACUGCAGACUGUAGAGUGCAGAAUCAGUGGUCAACUUACGUUUGAGAAUGAUAUCUAUGUUAUUAUUGAAAAUGUUAGCAAGCAUCCAAAUUAUUUGCAAGUUGAAAUCUGUACACGUGAAGCGGAAAAACUAGUAACAUUGAUAAAAACUCAAAGCCAUAUGAUAACAAGUGAGCUGAAUCUAAGUGCCCUAACAGUCGCCAAUCUGAUUAAAGUAAAUGCCGAUAGUGGAACUCAUAAAACAAUCAGCAGCAUAAGCUUGAUCUUAAUAUUAGUCCAAUCAUUGAUCUACGUUAACUUAUCAUUUAGAUAAUUGUUGAAUUUUGAACCCGUGAAUCCGUUAGU